UUCUUUUCUUGAGAGCGGCAGUACUGGCGCAAAAAGCACUCCUUUGGACAAUGUAGUUCACAAAUAAUAAAUUCCCACGCUGCUCCAUGAUGGACAGCCUACAUUUCCCGGCGUUCCUCGGAGCUCCUGUGGUCCGUUGUUUUCCCUACUCAGACGCGGCUAGUUCAAGUUGCCACAGCACGGUAAAGCUGGUGGUUGUUCUUUUCAUAGCUAUCACCCGCAAAGCGAAAAUUCAACCUCUGCCGUGUAACGCGCAUCUGACGACAGCUCAUAUUCCCUCUGUUUCUGUUUUGUAGUUUUUCUUUUUUUUUAUUAUAGUGGUAUCACAAGGUUAAAUUUAUUGGCUAACGUUUAGUUAGCUAGCUAGCUAGCUAGCGUUGACAGGAGUUCCAACUUGUUGCUAGCCAGGAGGAGCAUCACCCACAACAAUGCCGGGACGCCUGGGACUCUCCUGUUUUCCUUGUCAGAUAUCUUAGUUUCCUUACGGAAUGUCAAAAUAAUGACAGCUCCCACGUCUGGUUGCUGUGGUAGGGUUAUCAGUUGCAAUAAUAAUAAAAAAGUUCACAGGGAUCCCAUUUUAAUUGUUAAUCUGAUUAACGUGACAGUUAACAGCGUUUUCCGUUGACGAAACUAGUGCUGGUCCCUACUUUGCGCAGUCAGCUGUUUAUGGUGUCUGCUCCUCGUCUCACACUAUGGAUACAUCCAGCGACUCUGACUCAUACGAUAGGACGCGGGGCCACCGCUCUAGGGGGCGUGAAGCACACCGCAGACCUGGCCGGGAGAGGCCCCGAGCCAACGGGAGCGGAGGCGAAGGGCGAACCGCAGACAUCUCCGAGAAAAUCAGCACUCUUGCUGACACCUUACAGGACACCAGCAGGAACCUGACCAAAGUAGACAGGAUGCUGGGUCAGUACAGGGAGCACACAGAUGAUCAGGCUGAAGCUGUGGCACUGCUUAGAGAGAACCUAGAGGAGUCAAUCAGUCAGCUGCAGACACAGAGGCUGGGCCUAUCCAAUGGGGUUCGGAGUUCCUCGGCUUCUACCCUGCAUACCAGCGACUUGGAAGCUUUCUCGGGAUCAGAAGGCCAGCGUUUCCACCCCACUUCUCCACUUAAGGACUACACAAUCCCUCCAGGAAGGCCGAGGAGGUCUCAAUCUGCCAGUGUUCGUUUUAAGGAUACCAGCCUGGCAGGAGACAGUAUUCACACCCUGCACCAAUCCUUGAGGGAUCUGCGUUGUGACCAGCAGCGACUGUCUGAUGACCUGGAUAGAGAAAUCCUCAAGAGGAACAGGUGUCUGAAGGCUGAUAUUGACACCAGGCGGGCGAUGGAAAGCCUCACAGAGCACAUGACAGCUUCCCUGAGACAGGACUCAGUGUCGUCUCGUGUGGAGCGGCGUCUGCAGGAACUGGAGAGGGAGAUGCACACCGAGCAGAGGAGCACGGACAGAGAGAGAAGGCCAGAGCAGCGGGUGGCUGUGUCUGACGAGCUGCAGGAGACUUUAGGGAGACGCCAAAUUGGAGCCAGUGAGAGAGAAGAGAAGAUGGCAGCCAGGCUACUGAAAGCAGAAAGGGAGAAAUCCAAGAUGGAGCAGGAACUAGAGAGAGCCAAAAGAUUGCUAGAACAGUCAGAGGAUGGCAGAGAGUCCCUUGUUCAACAGGUGGAGGACAUGAGCUGUGAGCUGCAAAGGACAAGGAAGGAGAAGACAGGGCUUGAGAGGGCACGCCUGGAGACUUCUCAGCCCAGUGCUCAGCCACAUGGCAGCUAUGCUGACAGGGAAGGUGGAAGAGAUCGCUCAGACCUGGAAAAGGAAGUGGCAGAACUGCGUGUUCAGCUGUGCAAAGCCUCAGUCCUCGGUGAGGUUGAAGAACUGAAGAGGGCUCUGGACUGUAAAGAGAAGGAGAGGGUCCAGCUCAGCUUACAGCUGAAGGAAUUAUCGUCAGACCUGGCGGUGCGGGAACAACAGCAGCAGCGAAUGCUGGAACAGUUGAGGGACAUACAGAGCCGAGGGCAAGCAGAGAGGAGAGAGACGGAGGCAUUACUCCUCGAGAGCAAGAGGAGCAGAGAUGAAUUGAAGACCAGAGCCCAAGAGGCUGUGCGCCAGUGGAGGGCAAAGUGCAGGAGACUGCAGAAGGAGCUGGAGGAGGCGAGGGCCGAGUCUCAAUUUCUUACUGACAAGGCCUCACAGGCAGCCAAGGAAAAAGGAAACGCUCAAGCCCAGCUGAAGGCGCUGAGCCAGCAGACUGAAGCAGCCCGCCGGGAGCUUGCUGAAAUCCUAGGCCGUUUGGCCCAACGCGAAGAGGAGCUCCACCGCAAGGACGUGGAGCUGUCGGAGACACACCAGCGCCAGUUGUCACUGCAGCAGGAAAUCCGGGAGGUGAGGGAGGCCUCAGCCACCCUCGAGGAAGAGACACGGCGUCAGGCUGCCAUACAAGCAAGACUGAAAGAAGAGAACCAGAUGCUGCAGGAACAAGCUGACACUCAAGCCCGCCAUUUUCAGAGGGACCUGGACACACAGGCUGAGCUCCAGGCUGCCCUGAAGCAGAUGACAGCAGCCCACGCCCAGCUCACCCAGCGGUUGGCUGAAGAGGAGACUUCUAGGAAGGAGCUCCAGAAGAGCACAUCAGAACUUCAGGUCAAGCUGACAGCGCUACAGGAAGAACGGACUGUGCUCAGCAAGCAGCUGCAGCUUGAGAGAGAGGUGCAUCAGAAGGAACUAGACAACUUGAAGGCCACAAUGGAGGGCAGCAAAGCAAAGAAGGCUCGUGAAGUGCAGGACAUGCUACAGCUCUGCCGUCAGGAGCAAGAUGAAAUGCAGGAAAAAAUUAAAGAGCUGAAGGCAGAUGCAGCAUCAGACAAGAAGCUGUGUGGGGCGCUGCGCAUAAAGUUGGACAGGAUGAAGGACGAGUGUGAUAAGCUGGCAGCACAGCUGAGCACAAAAGACGAGGCACAUGCACUCCUCCACAGAAAAUACCAGCUACUCAAACAGGAACUGGAAGACGAAGUCACGUCAGGUGAGCGGAGACGUGUUUCGGAGUCAGAACUUGUUAAGUUGGAAGAGAAGGCGCUGCAAAUGGAAGUAGAGCAAAAGGCAGUCCUUACCUCUUUGGGUGAGGAACUAGACGCAGCCUGUCGAAGCCUGGCUAGGAACGGCGAAGACAAGCUCCAGGCAAUUUCCCAGAGACCUGAACUGGUGAAGGACCCCCAUCGCUGGAUAGCUGAGACUAAGACCAAGCUACGCUGGCUGUGCGAGGAGGUGCGUGAGCGCGACACAGGAGAACAUCGCCUGAGGAGGCAACAUCAGCAGACCAGGGAUCAGUUGAAGGCCCUGAGGCAAAGCAGUAACUCGGAGCAGAAAGCUCUCCUGCAGCGCCUGGACCAACAGGAGAAGCUGCUGCACUCUCUCAGCGCUGAAAAGAAAGAGCUGCUGGAGAGAGGUCGCAAGAAGGAGGAAGAAAUGAGAAGCCUUCAGGAUCGUGUUUUGGAUCUGGAGAUGAACACAAGAGUAGCCCUGGAUCACUUGGAGUCAAUUCCAGAGAAACAGUGUCUUAUGGAGAACUUCAGAGAUUUAGAGGAUUCACAGCAGCAGAGGGAGAUGGUAGAGGAGCGCUAUACCAAAUACAAAGAAAUUGUCUGGGACCUGCAGCACCAGCUGGAUGAGUCCAAACGCAGGAUCCAGGAGUAUAGAGAUGAGAAGUUGGAUGCUACUUCCAGGAGCCUCAAACUGGCUGCUUUCUCUUCCACUAUCAAAGGCUGCGACACGUUCCUGAGCAGCUCGCAGAGAUCUGACGCACUCUCUCCUCUCAAACGCCUGACCAGUUCAGACCUGGACGACUUCAGAGGCGACGGGGCCAAACCUCUUGCAGAUUAGUUCAACCUUUAGCAAACCUUUAUCUAUGUCUACAAACACAAGCGCACACACACACACACACACGCUCUGACUCUACCUGCCUGGUGCUCAUCCAGAACAAAAUGUAGUAAGAGGCCUUGCACUCAACACUAAUCCUCCUCAACUACCUCAGCCAGGCAGUCACUGAAGGUGCUCGGGAGCGAGACUGUGAGAUUUUAUAGCAAACUUUAAGAAAUACUUUAGAAGAGGAGCUACAUAUCUGCACGCUGUGAAGCAUCUUAAAUGUAUUUAUAAGCAGCUGAACUGAAUGUAUUUAUCAUAUUUUGAAAGCUUCAAAUCAAAAUGGUUUCACUGUUACAUGUUCUGGUCUUGUUCUAAAUAUUGUUUACUUUCUAAAUUCUUCUCUUAUUAUCACGCCAAUGUGCUUGUGCUAAAAGUAUAACGUGCUCAGUCAUUCUCCACAAACAAACCUGCAGUGCCUUUUGAACAGUUUUUAACUAGCACUAUGUGGCAAAUCUUUUUUUUUUGGUGUGCGCACUUCUAUCUAUCUGCUAAUGUAUUAGCUGCUCUUUCUCUGUUUUGUUUACUGCAAUAUUUAUAUUUGUAAAAGAAAGAAAUAAGCACAGAUAGAUGUUAUUUUUUUAUGAAAUGUGACAGAAGUAUAUGCACUGUGAAUAA